CAACCAUCGUUGUCUCAGCCGCCCCCUCGCGUGCAUUGAAAUAUUGCUUGUCGCCUGAAGGUUUUUUGGUCUCGCUUCCGCAUACUCGGUAUCACCAACCCACUCUGAUCAAUUCACUCAGCCCACACUGGUGGCAUUGGGCCUCGAGGUUAAUCUAUCUAUAUAGUCCCAUCGCACGGCGGCGUCUUUUGUAAUACCAUGGUGGACACUAUGGCCAGGCCACCCGACUCGUGGGCUCAAGACCCCUAUACUCCACGAUAUGCACCCUACUAUUCCCAAGAGCAGCGCGGGCCGGCGUUGCGUCUGCCUCCGCCAUCCAGCCUGGUGACCGGAUCACCUACCACUCCGGGCACCCCGAGCGGGCGACAACCGGCAGCUUUCAGGACCAGUCCAUACGAAGGCCCGUACGCCGCUUCGUCGCCCGUUCACCAAAACGCACAAUCGCCAAUGCUGGGCCCGGAGCCGCAUCCGACGGCAUCGAGUCCUUACGCUAGACGGCCGGCAGAACCGAUCAGCCGUCUCCAUCCUGCGCUCUCGCCACGCUCUCCAAGCGCCGGCGACCGGCCCGGGGAAUUGCCAGAGCACGCCCUGUUUAGGCGACUGGGCAACGAACCGAGUCCCCUCCAAGCUCCCAGGUUGCCUCUGCAACCAAGGCAGAUAGGGGGUUCUCCCCAGCAGCACCACCGCUACGCGGAGAUUCAAUCUGUCAGGCACCAUCCGUCGGCGGUUGCUCCUCCCGCUCCCGCUCCCCCUCCUCCGCCAGAUUAUCAGCACCGAGAGCCCCGCCUCCUCCGGUCUCCGCAAGCGCCAAACCCUCCCCGACAGGUUUGGACGCCUCAGACCGAGUCCCGCGCUCCUGAGCGGAUGAAGAUAUCGGAAAUUCUCAGCGACGAACCGAAGACAGGGGACUCGGGUUCCUCGAAGGCUCCCGUCCGUAGGAGGGCGGCGGCGGCAGCCGCCCUAACGUACAGAUUGCAGGUGCGGCAGCAGCCGGUGGCGGCGCGGUCAUGCGGAUUCGGGGAGCGGGACAGGCGCGUGAUCGACCCGCCGCCGAUCGUGCAGGUGUUCAUCGAGGAUCCGAAGGCGACGCAGGAAGAGAUCCGAUCGCAGCCGAAGUUCCGGUUCUCGGUCAUGCACUGCACGAUCUGGAAUGAGACGGGGGACCAGGACUGCUCGGGGAUGCCGGACGACUACCGGCAGCAGCGGCGGCUGAUGGGGACGAUCGUGUCAUCGCCGUUUGUGGGACUGGACGAGAACAACGAGGAAGGGUGCUUCUUCUGCUUCCCGGACCUGUCGUGCCGGACGCCGGGCACGUUCCGGCUGCGCUUCAGCCUCGUCGUGCUCGACCCGCACUCGGUCCCGGGAUCGCGAACGCCGGUGUGCGCCGUCGCCAUGAGCGACGUGUUCACCGUGUACAACGCCAAGGACUUCCCCGGAAUGCGGGCGAGCACGGCGCUGACGAAGCGGCUCAAGGAGCAAGGCUGUCUCAUCUCGAUCAAGAAGGGCAACGAGCGGAGCCACGCGCGCGACGACAGCGAGGAGGAGGAAGACGACGACGACGACAACGGCGGCGGCGGCGGCUCGGGGUCGGCGCAGCGACGGGCGAAACGAGCGAGAAAAACCUGAUCCAGCUCGAAGAGAGAGCCUCCCCUAUGUUGUUCAUCGCGGGUUUAGACAUCAGAAGGUGUCACUCAUUUUACGACGGCGUUUUAUUCUAUUGCGUCGGUUCUAGGCAAGACGGCGUGGUAGCUGCACCAGUGCUCCCUCCUUACCCCCCCCCCCCAACCCUAUCCCUGGAGGAGACAUAUCACGCAGUUGCUACCACGCA